GAGAGAGAAAAAAAUGUAUGAGCUGUCAGAAGAAAAAACGGUAUUUUGGUGGAUUAUGUUUUGCACAAUAUAUAAACAUACAAACAAUCGAUAUUUGUAUGAUGAUAUCCUCGUGUAUUCACGAUCGAUGUUUUGUUUGUUUGUUUGUUUGUAUCCAACGUGGAGUUUUCGUAUCACACAUACACACAAAAUCAGCUGAUCGGAUUGUUUACAUGCGCCAGUAUAACGGGCUAAUAAAAUUGAUCAAAUUUUUUUUUCAGAAAAACAAUGGGUCCGAUUCGAAAUAAAUCAAUUAAUCGACAUAAUCAAUCGGGCAAUAAUAGUCAAUCGUUUGGCCAUAAUAUAAAAUAUUUCAUUAAUUAUUUACAGGAUUUUAUAACCAAAAAAGUGUUAACAUUUAAAAUUUUUCAUGAACAUGAAUGUUAUCCAAUUGUUUCGAAUAUACUUUUAUUGUUUGAAAUAUUUUUAAAUGUUAUCAUUAUUAAUAGAGUUCGAUAUACAGAAAUUGAUUGGUCAACAUAUAUGCAACAAGUUGAAUGUUUUCUAAAUGGUACACGUGAUUAUUCAUUGAUUUCGGGUGAUACUGGUCCAAUUGUUUAUCCGGCCGGUCAUCUUUAUGUAUAUACAUUAUUAUAUUGGCUAACCGAUCAAGGACAGAAUAUAUAUCGUGCACAAUAUAUAUUUGCAUCAUUAUAUCUGAUAACAUUAUUUAUUGUAUUUCAAUUAUAUCGUCAUUAUUCACAAGCACCACCAUUUGUAUUAAUAUUUAUGUGUCUUACAUCAUAUCGUGUACAUUCAAUUUAUGUUUUACGUUUAUUUAAUGAUACGAUUGCCAUAUUAUUUCUUUAUCUAUCAUUAUUAUCAUUUACUGGCCAAAAAUGGAUACGUGGAUCGAUAUUUUAUUCUUUAGCCGUAUCGAUCAAAAUGAACAUUUUACUUUUUGCUCCUGGUUUAUUUUUAUUAUAUAAUGAAUAUCUAAAUAAAUGGAAUUUGAUUAAAAAUCUGGCAAUCUGUGCAUUUGUUCAGAUCAUUAUUGCCAUUCCAUUUAUAACGACAUAUCCAAUUUCCUAUAUAAAAUGUUCAUUCAAUUUAGGACGGAUAUUUCUACAUAAAUGGACUGUCAAUUAUCGUUUUUUAUCCGAAUCUAUUUUCAUUCAAAAACAAUUUCAUAUAAUUCUUCUUAUUUUACAUUUAAUAUUUUUGAUAAUUAUAUUUCGUAAACGAUGGAUGAAUUUGAUUGAAAAUUUUUUCAACAAAAAUAAAAUUUUCAUACAAAAUCCAAAACAAACUAAAUUAGACAUACUGAUGACAAUGUUUAUUUCAAAUUUUAUUGGUAUUGUAUUUGCACGUUCAUUACAUUAUCAAUUUUAUAUUUGGUAUUAUCAUUCGUUGCCAUUUAUUUUAUGGACAACAUCAAUUGGUGCUAAUUAUUUUAUGACUAACAUCUGCAUGCUGGGCCUUAUCGAAUUAGUAUGGAAUAUAUAUCCAAGUACCGUAUGGAGCAGUAUCUUGUUACAUCUAGUCCAUUUAGUCAUAUUAUAUCGAUUGAUUCGAUAUCGAAAUUAUAAUAUCGAUAUAACGACCAUCACUCGAGCCACCAUUAAUAUUGCCGGAACAAUCAUCAAUAAUGAUAAUGAUAAUAAAAUUAAAUGAAUAAAUAAUGCAAAUUAAAAUUAACUGGAAA